GUCCAAACAUCUGUCCUCGUUGCUGACCGCUCGACACUUGCAUCACUCACCUGAACGUCGCCACGAAAAUGGUGAGGUCGCAGAGGAGGUUUUUGGCAGCAUCCAGGAAACUAUCCCUCGCAUCGGAAACACCUUGGUGCCCUACCGAAUCCAUGAACCUGCUGCACAUGCUCAGCGCAUCUCUCAACUGUGCUAUGAGAGAUACAAAAAGAACGAAGAUGCCAUGGAGGCUGGUUUGGCAGCCAGGCUGGGAGACUUGACGGUCGCAAAGACACGAAGCACGUGGACACUGGACGCCUUUCAUUUGCUGCCAAAUGCAUGGCGACCAACGUGGAAGGAUGUAGCGACUGAAGCUGCAGUCAGCAAGUCGAGCUUCCCCCUAGCGGCUGC